AUGGUAUUUAUGAAUAUUUUCUGGAUGUGGUUUCGUACUGUGACUCUUAAUGAGAGGUUAAUUAGUGCUAUCAAAAGGUUGCUUUCUGAAUAUAAUAAAAAAGAACGAGAUACAGGAAUUACUUGGGAAUAUGGGAAUUCGUGUAAUGAGAAACCUUCUAAUUGGGUAAUUAAAGAAUCAUUUGAUAUUGAUUUCUUUUAG